AUGCCUCUCAGCUCCUUCAGCUCAGUCCAGAUGAUGUCAGGUUUGGUGGUGGUUGUCUGUGGGUCGGUCAACGCUGAAGUCUUCUGGCUCUCAUAGUGAACUUCAUUCCCCCCCCCCCUCUCUCCCUGAGACCGUGACCCAGACAAACACAGCAGCAACACCAGUGGAACUACAUAAGCUUUCAUUCUGACAACACUCACACCUUCAGUGUACCUUCUAGUGUCUUGGGGUCCUUUUUAUAUUUUAAACAUUAUGUCUCACAGGUGUUAUGGGUUUUACAGUAUUUUAGGUAAAGGCCUCAAAUAGAGGACAUGGAUAAGAUUAUUCUAGUCUGAGUUAGUGCUAUCUAAAGGUGGUCAGAUUAUUCUAGUCUGAGUUAGUGCUAUCUAAAGGUGGUCAACACGGUUGUGGGAAACAUCAACCUGUUAUAUUUUUUGGAAGUAAUGGUUGUUUCUUUUUGCAGGACUUUUCCUCUGUUAUAGGAAAGUUAUUUCUCAGUACAAUUAAUGAAUAGGUAUAUUCUAUAAUCAGAACAUUUUUUAUAAAAACUAUCAAAAUGACAGUUACAGUUUAUGUAGGUGUGAUCCCUCCACACAAACAUAACAUAAUUUAUUGGAGUUCUAUUUACCAAUUUUUAUUCAUCAGCACUGUAUACAGAUAAUGAAUUACUUAAUAAAUCAAUUAAGUACUUUGUCAAGACACAGUGAAAUCUCUCCAACACUAUAGCCCUGGGGGAGAAUGGCUACAGAACAGGGUCAGUCCCUUUAGGACAGGGGGUGUUCUCUCUCUCUCUCUCUCUCUCUCUCUCUCGAUCUCCUCUCUCCUCUUCUCCCUCCUCUAUCUCUAUCUCUAGCUCUCUCUAUCUCUCUCUAUCUAGUCUCUCUCUCUCUCUCUUCUCUCUUAUCCUAUCUCUCUCUCUAUCUCUCUCUAUCUCUCUCUCUCUCUCGCUGGCUCUCUCUCUCUCUCUCUCUCUCUCUCUUCUCUCUCUUCCUCCUCUCGCUCUCUCUCUCUCUGAUUCAUAAAUAAACAGAGGUUAGUUCUGUGAUUGUCAUUAGAGUUAUAAAAAGACUGACUGAUUGCCAAAGUGGAAAAGCAGUUAGAGCAACAGUCUCUUGAGAGCAGCAGUAGCCCCGGGCUAACUCUAACUGUACUGUGAGGAGCAGUAAUGGAUGCUCGCUGUAAUACUGAGAACUGUCAGAGGACCACAACGCAUUCAAGAUAAAUGUAGAGAGCAGGGACCAAGCCUCAGUCCCUGGAUUACAUUAUAUAAUACACUAUCACUCUCCAGUGAGAAUGGUUGUUAGCUUUUAAACUUUGGAAUAGUAAAAUACACAGGGUACAGCAAACGACAUACCCUGCAGUACAACAGUACAGACAUCUACAGAAGCAUGUAUCAUUUUUAUAUGAACAUACAGUAUGUUAUGUACAGGAUGUGAAAUUUUCAUUCUGCGCUGUGAGUUUUAUAUUUCUGGUACUAAAGCUGUAUCACUGUGAUCGUGUGCUCUGAUAGGUCGACGUCUGAGAGCCUGACCAAUCAGAAUGAGGAGGAGCUGCAGCGUCGCUGUGAGGCGAGGCAGCAGGAGAUCCUGGAGACCAAGGUCCAGUUGCUGCAGGAGGUACACGCACACAUUUAUACACACACUCAUUUUCAAAUGCUGUGGUUACAUUACACUGACACUCCUCAAUCCUGAUUGCAUGUAUCCACUCCUCCCACAAUACAGUACUCCAGUAAUAAUAUUGUAAAUAUACUGUACACAUCUCCCCUCCACAAUCCUGACGCAUUGUGUUGUAAACAACCCUCCUUAACUAAAUGUUAAUAAACUAUUGACAUGACCACUCUCCUCCUCUGCUGUGAUGUUGUCAGGAGGUCCAGCUAGCACGGGGCAGGGCUGAGAAGAUGGCCUCUCUGGCAGAGGAAGAGUCCCAGCGCUGCCUGGUUCUGGAGAGAGAGAGGAUGAUGAUGAGGAAGAUGGAGGAGGACGAGGAGGAGUGUGAGGGAGGGUCACUAGGAGCCAGGCUGCAGCAGGAGGCCCUGGCAGAGAAGGAGAGGUGAGGACGGAGGACAGGUGGUGAUUGAGGCAUGACUGGCAUGUCAGUAUGGUGUUUCUCUCAGAGUAAUGUGUGGCUUUAAUACAGGAGACUUCCUCUACUGCCUACCGGUCAUAUUAUACAGCUGAGUAUGUCUGCUACUCACAUUAGUAUUGACAUUGACAUUGGCAUUGGUAGGCCUAUUAGCAUUGGUAGGCCUAUUGGCAUUGGUAGGCCUAUUGGCAUUGGUAGGCCUAUUGGCAUUGGUAGGCCUAUUGGCAUUGGUAGGCCUAUUAGCAUUGGUAGGCCUAUUAGCAUUGGUAGGCCUAUUGGCAUUGGUAGGCCAAUUAGCAUUGGUAGGUCUAUUAGCAUUGGUAGGCCUAUUGGCAUUGGUAGGCCUAUUAGCAUUGGUAGGCCUAUUGGCAUUGGUAGGCCUAUUGGCAUUGGUAGGCCUAUUAGCACUGACAUUGACAUUUGUUCACAUUGACAAUGACAUUGUCAUUCACACACUGAUAAGAAUGACAGUGCCAGAGUCGUGCCCAACUCUACUGUCCUCUACUGAACCAGGGGUAUGGGGUCACAUAUCAAUCCAAAAGGUGGUGCAGUACAGUACUUGCUUCAUGAGGAGCUUCAGCCCAACCGUAUGACCUUAAAGUCUCUGUGGUGCUUACAGGUGCAGCUCAAUAAAUUAGAAUAUUGUGGAAAAGUUAAGUAAUUUCAAUAAUUCAAUUGACAAAGUGAAAUUCAUAUACAGUGGGGAAAAAAAGUAUUUAGUCAGCCACCAAUUGUGCAAGUUCUCCCACUUAAAAAGAUGAGAGAGGCCUGAAUUUUUCAUCAUAGGUACACGUCAACUAUGACAGACAAAUUGAGAUUUUUUUCCUCCAGAAAAUCACAUUGUAGGAUUUUUAAUGAAUUUAUUUGCAAAUUAUGGUGGAAAAUAAGUAUUUGGUCACCUACAAACAAGCAAGAUUUCUGGCUCUCACAGACCUGUAACUUCUUCAUUAAGAGGCUCCUCUGUCUUCCACUCGUUACCUGUAUUAAUGGCACCUGUUUGAACUUGUUAUCAGUAUAAAAGACACCUGUCCACAACCUCAAACAGUCACACUUCAAACUCCACUAUGGCCAAGACCAAAGAGCUGUCAAAGGACACCAGAAACAAAAUUGUAGACCUGCACCAGGCUGGGAAGACUGAAUCUGCAAUAGGUAAGCAGCUUGGUUUGAAGAAAUCAACUGUGGGAGCAAUUAUUAGGAAAUGGAAGACAUACAAGACCACUGAUAAUCUCCCUCGAUCUGGGGCUCCACGCAAGAUCUCACCCCGUGGGGUCAAAAUGAUCACAAGAACGGUGAGCAGAAAUCCCAGAACCACACAGGGGGACCUAGUGAAUGACCUGCAGAGAGCUGGGACCAAAGUAACAAAGCCUACCAUCAGUAACACACUAUGCCGCCAGGGACUCAAAUCCUGCAGUGCCAGACGUGUCCCCCUGCUUAAGCCAGUACAUGUCCAAGCCCGUCUGAAGUUUGCUAGAGUGCAUUUGGAUGAUCCAGAAGAGGAUUGGGAGAAUGUCAUAUGGUCAGAUGAAACCAAAAUAUAACUUUUUGGUAAAAACUCAACUCGUCGUGUUUGGAGGACAAAGAAUGCUGAGUUGCAUCCAAAGAACACCAUACCUACUGUGAAGCAUGGGGGUGGAAACAUCAUGCUUUGGGGCUGUUUUUCUGCAAAGGGACCAGGACGACUGAUCUGUGUAAAGGAAAGAAUGAAUGGGGCCAUGUAUCGUGAGAUUUUGAGUGAAAACCUCCUUCCAUCAGCAAGGGCAUUGAAGAUGAAACGUGGCUGGGUCUUUCAGCAUGACAAUGAUCCCAAACACACCGCCCGGGCAACGAAGGAGUGGCUUCGUAAGAAGCAUUUCAAGGUCCUGGAGUGGCCUAGCCAGUCUCCAGAUCUCAACCCCAUAGAAAAUCUUUGGAGGGAGUUGAAAGUCCAUGUUGCCCAGCGACAGCCCCAAAACAUCACUGCUCUAGAGGAGAUCUGCAUGGAGGAAUGGGCCAAAAUACCAGCAACAGUGUGUGAAAACCUUGUGAAGACUUACAGAAAACGUUUGACCUGUGUCAUUGCCAACAAAGGGUAUACAACAAAGUAUUGAGAAACUUUUGUUAUUGACCAAAUACUUAUUUUCCACCAUAAUUUGCAAAUAAAUUCAUAAAAAAUCCUACAAUGUGAUUUUCUGGAGAAGAAAAAUGGAUUGGCCAGCAAACUCGCCUUGAUUGGCCAGCAAACUCGCCUGAUCUGAACCCCAUAGAGAAUUUAUGGGGUAUUGUCAAGAGGAAGAUGAGAGACACGAGACCCAACAAUGCAGACGAGCUGAAGGGCGCUAUCGAAGCAACCUGGGCUUCCAUAACACCUCAGCAGUGCCACAGGCUGAUCGACUCCAUGCCACGCCGCAUAGAUGCAGUGAUUCAUGCAAAAGGAGCCCCAACCAAGUACUGACUGCAUGUACAAGAACAUACUUUUCAGAAGGCCGACAUGUCUGUAUUCCAUUUCCUUUUUUCACUGGUCUUAUGUCAUGUUCUCAUUUUCUGAGAUACUGAAUUUGGGGUUUUCAUGAGCUGUAUGCCGUAAUCAUGAAGAUUAAAACAAAUACAGGCUUGAACUAUUUCACUUUUUGUGUAAUUAAUCCACAAUAUAUAUGAGUUUCACUUUGUCAAUUGAAUUAUUGAAAUUACUUUACUUUUACACAAUAUUCUAAUUUAUUGAGCUGCACCUGUAUAUAGUGAACUUUUAUGUUGUUGGCCUCUCUCUCUCUCUCUCUCUCUCUCUCUCUCUCUCUCUCUCUCUCUCUUUCUCUCUCUCUCUCUCUCUCUCUCUCUCUCUCUCUCUCAAUUCAAUUUCAAUUCCAUUUAAGGGCUUCAUUGGCAUGGGAAACGUAUGUUAACAUUGCCAAAGCAAGUGAAGUAGAUAGUAAACAAAAGUGAAAUAAACAAUAAAUAUUAACAGUAAACAUUACACUCAGAAGUUCCAAAAGAAUAAAGACAUUUCAAAUGUCAUAUUAUGUCUAUAUACAGUGUUGUAACAAUGUGCAAAUAGUUAAAGUACAAAUGGGAAAAUAAAUAAACAUAAAUAUGGGUUGUAUUUACAAUGGUGUUUGUUCUUCACUGGUUGCCCUUUUCUUGUGGCAACAGGUUACAAAUAUUGCUGCUGUGAUGGCACACUGUGGUUUUUCACCCAGUAGAUAAGGGAGUUUAUCAAAAUUGGGUUUGUUUUCGAAUUCUUUGUGGAUCUCUGUAAUCUGAGGGAAAUAUGUGUCUCUAAUAUGGUCAUACAUUUGGCAGGAGGUUAGGAAGUGCAGCUCAGUUUCCACCUCAUUUUGUGGGCAGUGUGCACAUAGCCUGUCUUCUCUUGAGAGCCAGGUCUGCCUACGGCGGCCUUUCUCAAUAGCCAGGCUAUGCUCACUGAGUCUGUACAUAGUCAAAGCUUUCCUUAAGUUUGGGUCAGUCACAGUAGUCAGGUAUUCUGCCACUGUGUACUCUCUGUUUAGAGCCAAAUAGCAUUCUAGUUUGCUCAGUUUUUUUGUUAAUUCUUUCCAAUGUGUCAAGUAAUUCUCUUUUUGUUUUCUCAUGAUUUGGUUGGGUCUAAUUGUGUUGUUGUUGUUGGCCUGGGGCUGUGUGGGGUCUGUUUGUGUUUGUGAACAGAGCCCCAGGACCAGCUUACUUAGGGGACUCUUCUCCAAGUUCAUCUCUCUGUAGGUGAUGGCUUUGUUAUGGAAGGUUUGGGAAUCGCUUCCUUUUAAGUGGUUAUAGAAUUGAAUGGCUCUUUUCUGGAUUUUGAUAAUAUGAUUGGGGUGAUCAGUCCUUGGUUACAAAUAUUGAGGAAGAUGCCAGAGCUAAGGAUGAUGUUAAAGAGUUUAAGUAUAGCCAAUUGGAAUUUGUGGUCUGUAUAUUUUAUCAUUUCACUGAGGAUACCAUCAACACCACAGGCCUUUUUGGGUUGGAGGGUUUGAAUUUUGUCCUGUAGUUCAUUCAGUGUAAUUGGAGAAUCCAGUGGGUUCUGGUAGUCUUUAAUAGUUGAUUCUAAGAUUUGCAUUUGAUCAUAUAUAUUUUUUUGCUGUUUGUUCUUUGUUAAAGUGGUUUACCCAUACAUCUCAGUUUUGGAUAGAUAGCUCUUCGUGUUGUUGUUUGUUUAGUGUUUUCCAAUUUUCCCAGAAGUGGUUAGAGUCUAUGGAUUCUUCAAUUACAUUGAGCUGAUUUCUGACAUGCUGUUCCUUCUUUUGUAUUUGUAUUGUAUUUCUGUAUUGUUUUAGUGAUUCACCAUAGUGAAGGCGUAGGCUCAGGUUUUCUGGGUCUCUAUGUUUUUGGUUGGAUAGGUUUCUCAAUUUCUUUCUCAGGUUUUUGCAUUCUUCAUCAAACCAUUUGUCACUGUUGUUACUUUUCUUCGGUUUUCUGUUAGAGAUUUUUAGAUUUGAUAGGGAAGCUGAGAGGUCAAAUAUACUGUUUAGGUUUUCUACUGCCAAGUUUACACCUUCACUAUUACAGUGGAACGUUUUGUCCAGGAAGUUGUCUAAAAGAGAUUUGUUUUUGCAUAAUUGUUUUUUGGUAGGUUUCGACACUACUUUCCUUCCAUCUAUAGCAUUUCUUCAUAUUAUUCAGUUCCUUUGGCUUUGAUGCCUCAUGAUUGAGUAUUGCUCUGUUCAAGUAGAAUGUGAUUUUGCUGUGGUCUGAUAGGGGUGUCAGUGGGCUGACUGUGUACGCUCUGAGAGACUCUGGGUUGAGGUCAGUGAUAAAGUAGUCUACAGUACUACUGCCAAGAGAUGAGCUAUAGGUGUACCUACCUUAGGAGUCCCCUCGAAGCCUACCAUUGACUAUGUACAUACCCAGUGUGCGACAGAGCUGCAGGAGUUGUGACCCGUUUUUGUUGGUUAUGUUGUCGUAGUUGUGCCUAGGGGGGGCAUAUGGGGGAGGGAAUGCUGUCACCUCCACGUAGGUGUUUGUCCCCCUGUGUGCUGAGGGUGUCAGGUUCUUGUCCAGUUCUGGCAUUUAGGUCGCAACAGACAAGUACAUGUCCCUGGGUCUGGAAAUGAUUGAUUUCCCCAUCCAGGAUGGAGAAGCUGUCUUCAUUAAAGUAUGGGGAUUCUAGUGGGGGGAUAUAGGUAGCACACAGGGGAAAUUGUUUCUUUGGGGAGAGAUUUAAGUUGGAAUUUAUAGCCAAAGGUAAAAUUGUUAAUCUCUCUUAUCAUAGAGAGAGCGGAAGCGAGAGGAGAGAGAGAGAGAGAGAGAGAGAGAGAGAGAAGAGAGCAGAGAGGAGGAGAGGAGAGAGGAGAGAGAGAGAGAGAGAGAGAGAGAGAUCUUCUCCUCUCUCUCUCUCUCUCUCUCUCUCCUCUCUCUCUUCUCUCUCUCUGCUCUCGAUCUCUCUCUCUCUCUAUCUCUCUCUUCUCUCUCUCUCUCUCUCUCUCUCUCUCUCUCAGAGUAAUAGAGGAGCUGACUGAGGAGAGGAGGUUGCUGAGCCACCGGGUCGGAGAGCUGGAGGUCAGAGUUCACGACCUCUCCUCUUCCCUCCAGAAGAAAGACAGGGAUGCAGAGGUAAACAAAACCCCACAAUUGAUCAAACCGGAUCACUUAGCGUGCACAACUACUAUAUAUGUAUGGUAUACACAACCCAUCAGCCUCUCUCUCUCUCUCUCUCUCUCACACUGUUCAUUUACAUUUCAUGAUACACAGUAUUUACUACAGAAACAGAUGCUACACACAUCUUCUCACAAAUCAUAUCCGGUCCACAAAUAUGAAGCCGGGUGACAUUUAGUUUUAUAACUGGGGUCCUAGUACUGGUUCGGAUAUUUGAUUGGGCGCGCAAGGGCCAAAUCUACUGUACUCACAGCUAGCUACUGAAAUAUGGGUCACACUCUUCACUGGUUAGCCAUAUCUCUCCUCCCCCUGCUCCCAUUCCCUCCCCCCAUCCCAAUGGCAAGAACAGCUGAACCCAGAUGGUCUGGUUGGUUGAGAUACUGAUGUAUAUAGGUCAGUGGAACCCCGGCACCUGAUGCCACGGUUGUACGCUAGACUAGCACACCUCAUCACAAGACUAGGCUAGGCUAUCACACCUCAUCACAAGGCUAGGCUAGCACACCUCAUCACAAGGCUAGCACAGCUCAUCACAAGGCUAGACUAGCACACCUCAUCACAAGGCUAGCACAGCUCAUCACAAGGCUAGACUAGCACACCUCAUCACAAGGCUAGGCUAGCACACCUCAUCGCUAGGCUAGCACACCUCAUCGCUAGGCUAGCACACCUCGUCACAAGGCUAGCACAUCUCAUCGCUCGGCUAGGCUAGCACACCUCAUCACAAGACAAGGCUAGGCUAUCACACCUCAUCACAAGACUAGGCUAGCACACCUCAUCACAAGGCUAGCACACCUCAUCACAAGGCUAGGCUAGCACACCUCAACACAAGGUUAGCACACCUCAUCACAAGGCUAGGCUAGCACACCUCGUCACAAGGCUAGCACAUCUCAUCGCUCGGCUAGGCUAGCACACCUCAUCACAAGGCUAGCACACCUCGUCACAAGGCUAGGCUAACACACCUCAGCACCACCGUGAUGAGGAGAAUCACAGAUGGAGUUUAUAGAUUGUAUGCAGCAGGACUCACAUGAGUGCCUCCAUGUCUAUUUUUGAUCCUAGAAUGUACUAGGUUAGUGGAAAUCCAUGAUAUCCUGAUUAAGAAAAUGUAACCCUUUUCACAGAACAUCAUGCAAUGCAAUCCUGUCAUUCAUAUAUUUGUUUUCACUGUUUUCUGAGGAACAUCAGAUUGAGUAUGAUUUUCUUAUCGUUACUUAUUAAAUGACCAACCUUACUGUCCACAGUUGCUGCGGGGUGAGAUGAGUCAGGAGAAGAGCUGUGUCCAGCAGGAGAUGCAGGUAUGUGGGGCAGAAAUACUGCCAUCCUAUCCUAUGUCUGUUGUUGUGAGAAUCUGA